UCCUCAGCAGCAACCAUGGAUUACGGUCACAGCGAGUUUGGGUUCGCCCGGUGUCGCCUGUGUGAGGAUCCGGUCAACAACCCCAGACUUCUGAGCUGCUGGCACGUCUUCUGUCAGGACUGUAUCAUAGGUUACAACAUAGAGGAGAACUUCGUCAUAUGUCCUGUAUGUAAAGAAAUCACUCCGCUGCCACUAGAGGGGAUUCCCGGUCUGCAGCACAGGGCUCGUGGCUUCCUCUCCCGAAUCGGAAGUCAGAGCCCGAAGAUCUCCGAGUUCACGAACGACGUCUACCUUCGGCACUACUGUCCCCAUCGCGCUAAACAGGUGCAGGAGUUCCGGAAAUGUUUCGUUCCCGCAACCAGAAGGUGCAUCGAAUGUGACGAGUACCUCUGCUCCCACUGUUCAUCACGGCAUCUGUUAGAGAUGCACCAAACGCCACCUACCGUUUGUAAGCAGCACGACAAAGCAGAGGAUUUCUACUGUGAAGACUGUAAUACCGUCACCUGUUUACGGUGUGCUUCUACUGUCCACAUUCAUCACGACACGUGGGAAAUCGAGGAGGUCGCAGGCGGGUUCAGAGAGGUCAUGCAGUACUGGCUGGACCAAUGGCGACAGGGGAGGUGGCAGAUCGAAGAAGACCUGGAAAACAGUAUCCAGGAGAUCAACUCACAGAUCCAGAUGCAGUCGGACAGGAUCCUGGACGAGAUCAUGGAUGUCCUCAGGCAGCGAGAACAGGAUCUACUCGAUCAGGUGGAUAAGUUCGCAAGAGACAUGUGGAACCGAUUUCAAGAGGAGAAGAUCAAGGUGAAGUGUAGCUCAGAGUACAACCAUCUCAAACCGCUGUGCGACUUCAGUGAGAACCUCGUGCGUUUUGGCACUGACCGAGAGGUCAUUGCCCUCCACCGGGAGAUGACACAACAGUUGGAGUGCGCCAUAAGCGAGAUGGAACCGACAGACGUGUCAGACGACUUACGCACGGAAAUACUCUUCGCACCACAGAAGCUCCCAAACGUUGCUGACUGGAUACAGAUCGGUGCAGUGUCCAUCUCUGGUCCAGAUAAGCACGGAAAGUCCAGGCGCAUCAGCAGAGACAGCGGACAAGGGUCCAGAAGUUCAUCAGAACUAUCUCUCAUCAGUCUGGGAUUGGCCAGGAUGCAGUCACGUGCUGGUGACGUCAUUCCACCGAGGACCAACCAGCUCAGACUAGCAGAACUUGAUGACGUCAGCAAGUCUAACGAAGACGUCCGUGUCCUGACGUCUACACAGGAACCGAAAAACACACCUUUGUCAGGUGAAGAAGACCACGAAGAGGCUACGACCAGCUGGCAACGUUUUAAGCACAAGAUAUGGAAACACGGGGAUGAAACAACAGACAAACGGUCCUCCUCUCCAUCAGACAUCACUGAGCCGGGGAAGAAACUGUCGCAACAUCCGGGGAAAGAGGAGGAGCUACGACAAGGAGAGGAGCCCGUGAAGAAAGUUGUUCAGUCUGCCAGACGGUUUUCCACCUCUUACUACAAUAACUCUGAAGACACAAUGGACUACGGGGAGUUUAGAUUCGCCCGGUGUCGCCUGUGUGGGGAUCCCGUCAACAACCCCAGACUUCUGAGCUGCUGGCAUGUCUUCUGUCAGGACUGUAUCAUAGGUUAUAACACGGAAAAGGAUCAGGUCAAAUGUCCCGUAUGUAAGGAGACGACACCAUUGCCACCGGAGGGGGUUCCAGGUCUGCAGCACAAGGCCCGAGGUUUCCUCUUCAGAAUCGGCAGUCAGAGUCCCAAAAUCUCCGAGUUCACCAACAACAUCUACCUUCGGCACUACUGUCCCAACCGCGCCAAACAGGUCCAGCAAUACAGGAAGUGUUUCGUCCCAGCAACAAAGAGGUGUACUGAAUGUGAUGAGUACCUCUGCUCCCUCUGCUCAUCAAACCACCUGUUGGAGAUGCAUAAAGCCCCACCUAGUGUCUGUGGACGGCAUAACAAACCAGAGGAUUUCUACUGUGAAGACUGUAACGUGGUGACGUGUUCGCGCUGUGCCAGCACCAUCCACAUCCACCACGACACCUGCGAAGUGGACGAGGUCGCUGACGGGUUCAGAGAGGCGAUGGAGAUGUGGCUGGACCAAUGGCGGCAGGGGAGGUGGCAGAUGGAGGAAGAUCUGGAAAUGAGCAUCCAGGAGGUGAACACACAGAUCCAGAUGCAGUCAGACAUGAUCCUGGACACCAUUAUUGAGGUCCUCAGGCAGCGAGAACAGGACCUUCUCAAUCAGGUGGACAAGUUUGCGAGAGACAUGUGGCUGAGAUUUCAAGACGAGAAAAGUAAGCACAGUACAGAGAAGAGCCACCUCAAGCCGCUGUGUGACUUCAGCGAGAGUCUCGUGCGUUUCGGCAGUGACCGAGAGGUCAUUGCCCUGCACCGGGAGAUCAACAUACAACUGGAGUCUGCUGUGAGUGAGAUGGAGCCAACAGACGUGCCUGAUCACUUGAAGAGGGAAAUGUUCUUUGAGCCUGAAAAGCUCCCUGAUGUCGCUGGCUGGAUACAGAUAGGCACGUUGUCAGUCUCCCCAACCGACUGUUUCAGCAGAAAUUCCAAACACUCCAUCGCGAGCAGAGACAGCGGACAUGGGUCCAGAAGCUCGUCUGAACUGUCCCUGGAGAGUCUGGGAUUGGCCAGAAGUCUGUCACAUGACAGCGACGUCUUUUCAAAUGACGUCAGCAAGUCCAACAAAGACCUAAGUCCAACUGCCGCAGGGGGAUCAAAAAGCACAGGUGAAGAAAGCAGCCAACAUGACAGAGAAAAGGCCAAGAAGAAGUGGAAAGGUCUUGGACAGAAAAUAAAGAAACAAAGCGUCAAGACAACAAACAAAAUCCGCAAGUGGUCAUCUCGAGAGGAGCUAGGUGAAGCAGAGGAUGCAGGGAAGGAAGAGAAGAUGGUGAAGCCUAACAGACGACAGUCGGGACUGACUCCGGCGGACCUGUCACUUGUGAGCCUGGGGUUGGUCAGGAGCCCGACAACAGACGAUACACAAGGCCAGGAAAAGGGUAAGAACAAGUGGCAACACUUGAGACAGAGGAUGAAGAAUAACUGCCUCACAUCAACAGACAAACUGCAACGGUCCUUCUCAAAUGGCUCCGAGGAAGAGGAGGAUUCUGGGAAGGUUGUGCGAUCUGCCCGAAAGGGAUCCGUGUUUCGAAAAGUGGUGGCCAUGGCUGUGAUACAGGAGAAGGACAAACAGGAAUCGGUGGAGGAAGUGGGGACAACUGACCGCCUUGAUUGGAGGAAGCACAGUGUUGGCUUCAAUACAAAUCAGACCCAGUUGGAUACAAGUUCAAGAGAAAAUGCUCGCUUAAACUGGAGGAAAGCACGCACUCAAACCAUGGCCAUCAAUGCACUUCGUGCCACAACUCCAUCAACUAAGUCUGAGAAAAAAGUACAUUUUGACUGGAGGAACAACAAGCCAUAAUUUUCUACCGCAGAAAAAAAAGGCAGAAAGAACAAUCAAAUUUAUAAGCUUGGAAAACUACUUUUUUUGUUUUAAAUUUUUGUUUUAUGAAGUAGUUAGUGGGAAAUUCUAUCAAGAUUUCAUCUACAUUAUCUACAUACAAUAGGUUAGGUUUAAAUUCACAUAUACAUGACAUACAGGUGUUGGUUUGUUUACAAGUUAGGACUUUGGAAUAUUACUAG